GAAGACCUUCUUUACUUCCAUCCUGCCAGUCCUGCCUUUGGCUACAGCCAUGGCUAUCCAAGCCGAGCAAGCCAGUUAUGGACCUCAGAUGUUGAAACGUGCCAACGGUAUCGUUGAAUACGCCAGAGCACCACUUCUCUCAACGCCCUGUGAGACCGAGUUCCAUCCUGACCAGCUCGACAUUGCUUGGGUGGAGCUCAUCGCGGGAAACGCCAUUCUGAGAGUCAACGUCACAAGCGGAGAGAAGAAGAAGUUCCCCCUCAAAAACCCAGUCGGGCUCCCGAGCGGGAUGGAGUUUAUGCCAGAUGGUUAUCUUUGGUUCUCCGAAGUAGCCGGGAACGCUAUGGUGCGUUUGGAUCCCAAGGACGGGAGCAUGACGGAGUACCCGUUUCCUUGGACCAAUAUCGCUGCCGUGGAUAAUCUUCCUGUUGGUAUUCGCGUCACGAUCGAUGUGUCGGGGAAUCGUGAUCGUGGGGCCUGGUUCACUGCUGCUGGUCUUAAUGCCAUUGGUCGCAUCGACAUUGACACCUUUGAAUACAGCCUCUUUCCAUUACCGAAUCCACUCUCGGUCCCGCUCAUCAUUCAGCCAGGUCCAGGUUCUACCAUGGUUUUCUCAGAGAUCGUCGGCAAUCGAGUUGGCACAAUUGACGUUCACACCAAAGAGAUCAAGGAAUACACGAUUCCUACACCUCUAUCUCUGGUCCAGGGUGUCGCCACAGAUGACGAUGGUCUGAUUUGGUGGACAGGCACCCUUGGCGGAAACUUUGGAACCAUCGAUGUCAAGACAGGAAAGGUGACGGAGAUAUUCAUCAAUGAUAUUCGGGCGGCUGGGAACGCCACCGUUGUUGGCAAUCCCUUGAGCAUUGGCUCAUCUGCUGCUUUGUCUCUGCCUGGACCUAUUAGAGUUGGCACUGAUGGCAAGGUCUACUUUGUGGAGGGAAAUCUGGUCUUUUUGGGCAAUCGUGUUGGGCAAUACGAUCCCAAGACAAAGAAACUGGUCGAGUACUUGACUCCGACGAGCUUGAGCGGUCCAUGCGAUCUCAACAACCAGCAUGGAGAUGCUAUUUUCUUUGCCGAAUUCACAGGCAACGGCCUAGGCCGACUUAGUUAUUAA